AUGUGGGUGACUGAUAGGAUUGGCAAAAAGGAGCUUAACAGUUUUGUAUAUGCUGGCUUAGGCAUCUUGGUUCUAUGUUUGCAUCAAGGACUCGUGUCUGAUCCUAUUCAGGUUGCUGUAUAUUACUUAAAGAUGCUGGCUGAUUAUAUAGAUAUCCAACAUCUAUAUUAUGUAACUCGACAUAGUACUCAAAACGUCAAUGGCCUUACACUUUCUGGUGGAGUGUUUGACGCAGCAGGAGCUAAGUUAUGGAAUUGUAAGCGAUCUGGAAAAGAAGCAUGUCCUCGUGGUGUGGAAUAUAUCAUCCGAAAUAACAAUUCCCAAAAUAUUGAAAUAAAUGGUAUAAACUCAUUAGACAGUCAAUUGUACCAUAUUGUUAUUGAUGAUUGUCAAAACGUGAAAGUGCAAGGGGUUACGAUUUUUGCCUCGGGCCAUAGUCCUAACACCGAUGGUAUUCAUGUACAAUCAUCAAUUGAUAUUACAAUAUCGAGUUCGAACAUUGCUGCAGGAGAUGAUUAUAUCUCAAUUGGAUCGGGAACUAAAUAUUUGUGGAUUCAAGAUAUCACAUGUGGUCCCGGUCAUUGUAUAAGUAUUGGGAGUUUAGGAAAAACGUUACAUGAGGCAAAAGUUCACAAUGUCACGGUACAAACGUCAACUUUUAUUAAUAUAGAUAAUGGAGUGAGAAUUAAGUCUUGGGGAAGACCAAGUGAUGGAUUUGUCAGUGAUGUUGUGUUUCAGCAUCUCACAAUGGAGAAUGCUCAAAAUCCAAUUAUCAUCGACCAAAAAUAUUGCUCCAAUCAUAAGGAUUGUCCUGGAGAGGUUUCUGGAGUAAGAAUAAGUAACGUAACAUAUGACGAUAUCCAUGGAUCAUCAACAACGUCAAUUGCUGUGAAAUUUGAUUGUAGCCCAAAGCAUCGUUGUUUGGGAAUAAAAUUGAAGAAUAUAAAGUUGACUCACAAGAACAAGCAAGCUUCUUCUUUUUGUAACAAUUGUGAGGGAUCAACUUUUGGAAAUGUUCAACCUAAAAGUUGUUUCAAUUGA